CCGCUGUGUUCAGAGAACAGGAAGCAGAGUCACAGGAAGCAGAGUGCACGCGGCUCAUUGUCACCCUGCAGCAAAACUGUUUUAUAUCACUAAAUACACCAGAAAGUUGACAUCUGAACCAUGAACAAACGAAAACUGAGUUUCAAAUGGUUUGGGAGCCUCACUAAUCUCUCCAUCCGCCGCCUGUCAGAGAAGGCCAACAUCAAGGCAGGCCCAGAGCAUGAUGGGAGACUCGGCGGUGCCAAAUCAGCAGCAGGGGAACAAUCAGUGGAUGACAUGGACGACUGCCUCCGCAGCCCCAGCUACGCCCGCUCCAGCGAGAUGCACACACAUGUGGGCACUGUGCCCCGCACCCAGAAACGGAAGAAGAGCUUGAAGGGGCUGAGGGAGGAGAAGAAGAAAGAGGAGGAGGGGGUGAGUGAAGGGCAGAGCCAGUGGAAGGCGGGGGACCAUGUCCGAGACUCCCCUCUGCUCAGUGCCCUGUCCAGUCUAACCAGCAUGGACCGGCCGCUGCCAGCCACCCCGACUCCCAGCCGGGCUUCACCUCUGACCUUUGUACCUAAAGGCUGCGUCAAUGAUCCUUCAGUGGACCCCAUUAAAAACCAAGGGUCACAGCAAAGGAGCAGGGAUCAUUUAGAAACUAGUAGAGAUGUAAGAGAACCUUUAAACGUGGCAACAAACGGCACCAAAACGGCUAUGCACCAGGAUGUUUACGUGCCGAUGGACCCGAUAGCAGAAGCAGCUCUCGGCCACGUGGGCGACCAAACAGAGACGCAGCUUGUUGUCACGUCAAGAACACAGGAAACCAUGAAGACUGUGAACGGCUCGCAGGAGGUGAAGUGCAGUCCGCGGGACAAGACAGACAGCAGUGGAGAGUAUGUGAAGUUCUCCAAAGACCAGUUCUGGUUGGAGCCUCCGUCGGAGAAGCUGAGGAAGCAGCUGGAGGAGGAGCUGAAACUGAGCGGCAGCAACCUGAAGAGCCAUGCCUGGUACCAUGGACCAAUCCCCUGGGAGGUGUCUGAGAGUCUGGUGGUGAACCACGGCGACUUCCUCCUCAGAGACUCUCAGUCCUGUCAGGGCGACUUCUUGCUCACGUGCCACUGGGAGCAGAAAACCCUUCACUUUGUCAUCAGGAAGACGCUGGUUCAGUCCAGUGAGACGUACACCCGGGUGCAGUACAGCCUGGAGGACAAAGCGUUUGACUCUUUGCCAGCUCUUGUUCACUUCUACGUGGGCAGCAAGGCGGCUCUGACCGGGUGGAGCGAGGCUCAGAUUCAGCAGCCACUGAACAGGACUCUGCCUCUCAGCUACCUGCAGACCGCCUUCUGCACUGCUGUCAGCCCCCCGUCAAGCCACCGAGAGGGGGGGGUCUGUCCGAAAAGUCCUUCCUCUCUCCACCACAGGGAGCCAGAUGUACACGGGGAGCAGGACGACCGUCCUCUGCUGACUGCUGCAGAAUUCUCCACUGUCUACAACACCCCACAGACUAGAAGUCCUGGCAGUAGCCGGGCAGCCAGCAUGGCGCCAUCCCCGUCCCUCUCCAGGGGCUCUGAGACUGCCGGAACCCUGCUUUCUCCCAACAGCACCCUGAACACACCGUGUAAUGACAGAUCCCAACCUCAUCUGAACCUGGACCCCCUGUCUACUGAUGAAGAUGGAAGCUGCUACACCGAGCUGUACCCCGGCCCCCAGAGCUACGUGGAGAGGCUGCGGGUGGAGGAAGGGUCAUUGGGCAUUGAUCCACUGAGGGCCGAGGACAGGGGCUUUUACUUCUCGCCAUCGGUGGAGACGGUAUCUUCUUUUAAACCGAACAGGUACCAGUCGUCACUGAUGCCUAAGGAGAAUAAGCCUUUGGAGAUGGGCAUCCUGCGGAGGGUGAAGGAGCUGCUGUCGGAGGUCGACCCCAGGACAGCGGCCAAACAUAUCACCAAGGCUGACUGCAUGGUAGCAAGAAUUCUGGAGGUGACUCCAGAGGUGCAAAGGAUGAUGGGAGUUAGUUCAGGGAUGGAGUUUCUAACGUUGCCACAUGGCCAACAGAUGAGGCUGGAUCUAUUGGAGAGGUUGCAAACCAUGUCCAUCAUGUUGGCUGUGGAUGUGUUGGGCUGCACAGGGACGACUGAGGAGAGGGCGGGCCUGCUGCAUAAAAUCAUCCAAAUAGCAGCUGAGCUCAAGAGCACCAUGGGCAACAUGUUUGGCUUCACCGCCGUCAUGAGAGCUUUAGAGCUACCGCAGGUGUGCCGUCUGGAGCAGACCUGGACGGCGUUACGGCAGCGACACACAGAGGGCGCUAUUCUCUACGAGAAAACUCUAAGGCCCUUUAUGAAGAGUCUGAAUGACGGGAGAGAAAGCUGUCCGCUGUCCAACACCAGCUUCCCCCACGUCCUACCCCUCCUUUCUCUGCUGGAGAAGAGCAUGGCGGUGGGUGAGGGGACAGAGCCGUGGGAGGUGGCGGAAGCCGGGGUGGAUGUGGUCAUGUUCCACCUGGGGGCGGCGAGGACCAUCGCUCAGCUCGGGGGAAUCUACCGCUCCAACGCUGAGAGCAAACUACAAGGUUUUCAGGGUCAGGCGGAGGUCCUGGAGCUCUUCCUGACCGAUUUCCAGAUGAGGCUGCUUUGGGGGAGCAGGGGAGCCGAGGAGAGCCAAGUUCUGCGAUACGCCAAGUUUGACCAGGUGCUGACCGCCUUGUCCAACAGGCUUGAGCCACCUGUCAGACCACGCUGACCCCAGACCUGUUAUUGAAUAACUGUUUUAUCCGGGAUGAGUGCUUUGUGUCCUUACAAAAUCACUUUAUUCUCAUUUACCAUUCAGCUUAUUUACCAGCCAGAGAACUUCAUCUAGCCCGUAUAGAACCAAAAUGUGAAGGGAAUAUAUCAGUGUAAAUAUGUGCAACUGUGUCGAGUUAUUUUGCUUUUCUUCUGCAGAAGAAACAGGAAGUCAUGGUAAAUAGUUUCUGAAAUGAGGCUGUGCCUUGGUCUGUUAGCUUAAUGUAUAGCAAUGUUUUUAUGUCUUCCUGAAGGCUGGACCUUCCUUAACAAAAAGACCAUACAAAGUGUGUGUCAUAUUGUACAACGCAAUAACAGAAUAACAUUUUAUCUCCAUUUUCAAUAUUAUGUUCAUCAUCAUGUGUUUAUCAUAAGGAUAUUCUAAUGUGAAGUAAAUACAUAAUGUGAUGUAAUUAGUGGUAUUGUAACCAGUGCUAGGGUCAGUUCACAACUCUUUUGUUUAAACUUCCCUUUUCUUACUCAUUACUCUUACUUCUUUUAAUACCACUAUAUGAAUUGGAAGUGAUUGAACUGACUCUAACCACACACGCACAGUACACAGGUACAGAUCAUGUCCAUAACCUUAUUAAUAAUGUCUAAUAUUUAUCUGAAAUGUAAAUAAACAUGUUUACCUCACUGUU